AGUUUCCGAAACCAUGUCUAAGCCUGUUAUGACUGUCUGCAUCACCGGAGCCGCUGGCCAGAUUGGCUAUGCUCUCCUCCCCCACUUGUGCUCUGGCAAGACCUUCGGUCCCGACCAGCCCGUCAAGCUCCACCUUCUUGAUCUCAACAUCGAGGGAGUUCAGACCGCCCUCAACGGAGUCAAGAUGGAGCUCGAGGAUGCCACCUACCCUCUCCUCAAGGGUGUCGUCUGCACCGGAGACGCCAAGGUUGCCUUCACUGGAGCUGAUGCCGUGAUCAUGCUCGGAGCCUUCCCCCGCAAGGACGGUAUGGAGCGCAAGGAUCUCCUCGAGAAGAACUGCGGUAUCUUCAAGGAGCAGGGAGAGUUGCUCAACACCGUUGCUAGCAAGACUGUCAAGGUUUUGGUUGUCGGAAACCCUGCCAACACCAACUGCUUGAUCGCUGCCGAGUGCGCCCCCAACAUCCCCAGGGAGAACUUCUCUGCUCUCACCCGUCUGGACCACAACCGUGCUAUUGCCCAGCUUGCCAUCAAGGCCUCCGUUCCCGUCGAGCAGGUGCAGAACUCCAUCAUCUGGGGCAACCACUCCUCCACCCAGUACCCUGACAUCAACGCUGCCACCAUCAACGGCAAGAAGGCCAAGGAGGUCGUCAACAACGACGAGUGGUACAAGAACGAGUUCAUCCCCUGCAUCCAGAAGAGAGGAGCUGCCAUCAUCGCUGCCCGCAAGCUCUCCUCUGCCCUCUCUGCUGCCCAGGCCAUCUCCGACCACAUGCACGACUGGUUCCUCGGAACUCCCGCUGGACAGUUCGUGUCCAUGGCUGUCGACUCCACUGGCAACAAGUAUGGCGUGGCUGAUGGCCUUAUUUAUUCCUUCCCUGUCUCUUGCAGCAACGGCAAGUGGACUAUCAAGGAGGGUCUUGAGAUCGACGAUUUCUCCAAGGAGAAGAUGAAGGCCACCGAGCAGGAGUUGACGGAUGAGAAGAAGACUGCCAUGGAGAUCCUCGGCAAGUAAACGCGUUGUGUAAGUCUAGUCGUUGCAAAUUCAAUAAAUUUUUUUGAGAAC